CAAGUUUAUUCGUUUAGUUUAAAUAUUUAUUUCUAUCGAUUCAUUUUCGUUCAGUAAAACGUUUUAGGUAUUUCGUUUUACGAUUUGGUAUCUCGGUUGCGUUUGACGUAUUACAUCGAUUUAUGAAAAGAUGGCGACGUGUGCGAUGCGCACGGGAUGGCGUGCAUCGGCCGGAAUGUGGAAAUCCUCAUCAAUAUACCAAAGAACCUUGCUAAAUGCACAUGUCUACCCCAAUGCGCCGAACUCAAUUAUUACUCUCACACAAAAACGAUCCUUGUUCGUUCUGCCUUUUGGUUUGGACGUCGGUUUAGUCGGUUUUGCUGCGUAUUAUUUGACUAAAUUGAAGAAACCUGAGCCUCAAAAUGUGCUUAGUAUAUUUGGACCGGAUCCUUGGGGUAAGGAAAGUCAGCAGCACCCAGAAAAAGUGGUGCGUUGUAUCGCUCACAGAGGCGCUGCUUUGGACGCUCCAGAGAACACCAUGGAGGCCUUCAAGUAUUGCGUAGAACACGACUGCAAUAUAAUAGAGCUGGACGUACGAGCGUCCAGGGAUGGCAAGCUCAUACUCCUUCAUGACGAGGGCUUGGAACGGCUGACUGGUACCGAUAUAUCCAGUGUUAGGACUACUGACUGGGAUCGGAUCAAGGAUAUUGAUGUCGGGUCUACGCAUCCUAACAGGAAGCAAUUCAAAGACGUUCGCCUCUGCCUUCUAGACGACGCGCUAGAUUAUCUGUUGGCGAAUAACGUCAAAAUUAUAAUCGACGUUAAAGGCGAAGACAAGCAGGUGAUCGCCGGUAUCCUGAGUGCGUAUGCGUCGCGGCCGGCGUUGCACCAACACGCCGCUGUUACGUGCUUCAAUCCAUUCGUACUUUAUCAGGCGCGCGCGGACCUCGACGCGUUUCUGGUCGUACGGUUUGGCGAUAACCUCGCGCUGCACGGGCUGCUCCGUGUCGCGGACUCGGUGCACGCGCUCGUGUGGCGGUGGGCGGCGCGGUGGUGCGCCGUCAGCGCCGUACUGCUCCACAAGGACAUUGUUAGCGCGAGUGAAAUCCACUACUGGCGUUGGCUAGGCAUCCGUUGCGCUGGCUGGUGUGUGAACAGACCUCUUGAGAAACUAUACUGGCGUGGAGUACUCAAGUCGCCCUACCUGGCUAACACUCUACUCGGAGAACCCGAUGUGGAAGGAAAACGUACUGAAAAAGAACUUAGCAACGACCGCCCCGGUCCUCUGGUCGACAAACUACUCGAGCCGGAACGGAAAUUGUCUUCAGGACAAAACUAAAUUGAUUAUACACUAUAAUUAAUUUAAUUGCAUAGGUUAUUCUGCGAUUUUUUACUCUAAUUUGGAUAUAUUUUAACCUUUAAUUGCAUAAAAGCCCAUUUUCCCGCUUAUUCUUUAAAAAAAUAUUUACAAAUAUUAAAGCGCAUGUUGUUUCUGGACCUGGUAGUAUCGACAUUGGUAACGACUGAAUCCGGUCGCUAAGUCGUUUUGAUAUUCACGACUUCGCGACUGUUUUUCAUAUCGAUAUUGGUAACGACAGAAUUCAGUCGCUAAGUCGUGAAAGUCAACACGACUUAGCGACUGUUUUUCAAUGUUAUACUUUUGUGAUAAAGUUAGAAAUCUGAUAAAGUAUUUACGAUUAAUCUUCGAUGACUUAUCCUGUCGCCUGAAUUUGGCUUACAAGUGACAACAUUUAUACAUUUUAAACGUUACUAUUGUAUUCGUUAAAGUUUAAAAUCGCAGAAUUAUCUUCUACAUGUACAAAUUAAAACCAAAUUGAUUAGUAGUUAAUUUAAACUGUUUGAACCAUUUGAUAACUUAUCUCUUAAUAGAUUUUCUUAUUAGAGAUACAAUUUUGACACAUUAUGUAUUAAAUUUAUUUAUAUAAAAUCGUAUCUGUAGGAAGUAAAGCUACAUAUAGAUGGGUUAUUGUAAUGGUCGUUGACAGUUGACGCGCUUAUAUUUAUUUAUUUUAAUUCGUAGAGGCGUUUACUCCGAAAAAAUAUUUUUAUGUUUUUCUGGCUCGUGCAAUUUUUUUUUUCGGUCUUUUAGCAGACUUACUCCACUUUUACAGAUGUCGUAUUUAGAACUGAAUUAAAAAUAUUGGUUAGGUUCAGAUAUCGGUCAGGUGGUGCAGAAAUGAACCUAACGUAGUCAUUAUAUUAAUUGAACAGAUGAUACGUCAAAUAGGGUAGUAUCCUAAAUUUUAUUUUAAUGUCCGUCUGAUACAUUUAUUUAAUAUUUUAGACACUUUCGACGAUAUCAUCACCAACAUCAUCAGCCCGCAUUGCAUCACAGCGUGUCACAUUUUGUAGCACGUUAUGACGUAACGACUAACGACCUCUCACUCCUAAACUUAGA